AAUAUUAAUGUUUGAGGAGAAAAAGAAAGAAAAAGAAAGACCMAAAGGCGUGGCUCCCAAGAGAGACCUUUCAAGUCUUCCAUGAACUYGUUAAUAAUGUUAAWUUUUUAGACUCAAUUUUCUUAAAACGUAAUUUUGAUAUUCAGUUGUUAAGUUUUUAAUGUUGUGUAACUGAUGCGAAAAAAGCAUUCACACUGCAGUAUUUUCAUUAAUGUUGACAUGUCACUCAGUCAAUGGAUUGCUUAAUAUUUUGCAGAGGAAAAGGCAAUUUUUAAUUUUGUUGGACACCCACUUGUCGACAUUUGGCCCUCCCAAAAAAAACAAACAAAAUUUCUCAAUACAUUCAUUUUUUCACUUAGUUGAUAAUUUGCUGCAUUUGAAGGUCAGUGUUGGGUCUCAUCACCGUUUGCACUUAGCUUUUCUAAUUUCCAUGAAUAUAUUUAAGUAGCCUCCCUUGCAGAUGGUUAAAUUUCUUAACACAGRAGCUGCUGCAUAGGAGGCCAAGGCGUUUCAGUGAUGGAAAAUUGACUUUUUUAGUUGAAGCCUGAAUGAAUUUUAGUUACUUACUCUUUUGUGUCUGUACAAUAACAUUUUUAACUGUUAUUUCCUGUAAUCUAAUGAAUUCUUAGCAAUAUACUUUUCCUCUUAUUCUGUUUUCGUACAUGAAAGAAUUUAUUUGUUAAAAUUAGUUUUAUUUAAUAAAGUAUCUGUCAUUUUA